ACACCACCCCGGGAAACGACAGCCGGAAUACGAUAGUUGCCUGUUUUUUGACUUGUGUGGUGAAACGUCCAGCUGGCGUCCUGCAACAGGGGACACCCUCCAUCCUCAGCGGGGUCCGACUGCAGACUUGUUAACCCAUGAAGACGUGGUGAGUGUCCCUGUGUCACCCAGUCCGGCUCUGUCAGGGGGUCAGGAGCUCAGUAACCCAGGAUAAUAAUCUUCUAAAGAGCAUUAGCGGGCUAAGUUUGGCGCUGGACUGCAACUGAAGCCAUGAUGCAGGUUUCUGAAUCGUACAACCAGAAGAAGUCGCUGUUCAACGCCAUGAACCGCUUCAUCGGCGCAGUCAACAACAUGGACCAGACGGUGAUGGUGCCCACCCUGCUGCGGGAUGUGCCACUGAGCGGAGACAGCACCGCCGCUAACAGCCCAGCCUACUUCGCCCAGGACGAUGACAUGUACAGCUCCUACGUGUUGCUCAAGUCCAUCCGAGACGACAUUAAGUGGGGCGUCGUGGAAGGCGGCGUCGUCGAGGGCGACGAGCGGCGGAAGGAGAAGGUGGAGGUGACAGAGGACGACCUAGAGAAACAGUUUCAUUUCCACCUGAAAGGACUUCACGCCGUUCUGUCCAAACUGACGUGUAAAGCCGACACGCUUACGAGCCGCUACACGGAGGAGAUCGGGCGCCGGAACUGAACUUUAAUUUACAAAAACUCCUCUACUACUGAACGGCUGUUUUUCUAUAGAGAACCAAAGCUGCCAAAAUAAAACAUGCAUAAAUAACUUGAUAAAUUAUUUAUUUUGCCAAUACAUUUUUUUCCAAAUAUCAAUUAUUUGAUAAAAAUGUGAAAUAAGUGUAUAUUUAUACUUUAAAUUGCUUCUUUAUUUAUUUAACUUUGUAUUAGUCCCCCUAUUUAUUUACUAUCCUGUUUUCAUUUAAGUGUGAGAAUUUUAAGUUAUUUUUUUUAUUCUUACAUGAAUUAUUCCUAAUUUACUUUCAAAUUAAACUAUUAAUUUUCUGAUUUAUUAAUACAUUCACUUUCUUUAUUUAUAGUUUUGUUAUAGUUUAGUUUUUAGUUUUUGUUUACCCCGACAUACUUUGAAAAUGUGUAAAGAAAAAAGAAAGAAAAAGAUUUGUUAUGGUAAAUUAAUAGAGGCGAAAAUAAUAAAGUAAAUACAAAUAAAAAUGUACGUUGAAAAAAAAAAUGCACCAAUUUAAUGUAAAUUAAAUAGAAAAAUAUUAAUAAAUAAAAAACAAAAAAGAUUAAACAGGAUUUUUUUUUAACAAAUUAACACAUUAAAUGGCAUAUUGAUUUAUAAUUGAGUCAUUUAUUCACUUUUUAUUUUUAUUUUAGCAGCUCCGGUCCUUAAUAUUUUACACGUUUUCAGCUCAUUUAAUACAAAUCAGUAAAAAAAUAAAAUAAAUAAAUGUUAGAAAAGAUGUCCAGUGUAUCCUUAAACGCCCCACCAUGAUGACAAUGUCAGUAAAGUUGAUAUUUACUUGUAUUUAAUGAGCUGAAAUAUGUGCAAUGUGUUUGUGUUGAUCACAAAGAGACUGUUUGUGUGUCUUCUUCGGGCUGUUUGUCGUCUGUUUUCUUCUUUCGUUUGUCCCGUGACGUUGUUCAUUUUACACUUUAAACUCCAAACUAUGCAAACAUUUAAUCAACGUUUCGAAAGAAAACACAGAAACAGUUUGUAAACAACAGAUGAUAUACAACGGGAAAUAAUAAAACUGAAGCCAGUCACAAUUUUCUAACACGUACGGAAUUUCUCUGUUUUUGUAUUUAUGAAUGAUUCAUAAUAAAAGUACAGAUGAGACAUUGUGUUAAGUGCUGAUUAUUAAAGUCUUUUUCUGUCAGUGUUGUUUAUAACUUUACUGCCUUUCAUUUCCAGAUGAUGUAGAAAAUAAUAUUAAAGGUUUUUAACAAUA